AUGGGCGGCGGAAACGGAUACAGAACUGUUGCUUACUUCGUCAACUGGGCCAUCUACGGCCGCAACUACCAUCCACAGAACCUGCCGGCAGACCAGUUGACCCACGUCCUCUACUCUUUCGCCAAUGUCCGUCCCGAGACUGGCGAAGUGUACACGACAGACAGCUGGGCAGACACGGAGAAGCACUACGAAGGCGACUCGUGGAACGACGUCGGCACCAACGUGUACGGCUGCAUCAAGCAGCUGUACCUCCUGAAGAAGGCGAACCGCAAGCUCAAGGUGCUCCUCUCCAUCGGCGGCUGGACCUACUCGUCCAACUUCCCGGGCGCCGCCGCGACGGCCGCCAACCGCGCCACCUUCGCGUCGUCGGCGGUGCAGCUGGUCAAGGACCUGGGCCUCGACGGCCUCGACAUCGACUGGGAGUACCCGGCCAAUGACACCGAGGCCCAGAACUGGGUGUCGCUGCUGCAGGCGACGCGCGAGGCGCUCGACGCCUACGCCGACAGCCUCGCCAGCGAGGGCUACACGCGCCCGCAGUUCCUGCUGACCAUCGCCGCCCCCGCCGGCCCCACCAACUACCAGAAGCUGCGCCUGGCCGAGAUGGAGCCCUACCUCGACUUCAUCAACCUCAUGGCCUACGACUACGCCGGCAGCUGGGACACCACCUCCGGCCACCAGGCUAACCUCUACAACAGCACCUCCAACCCCACCGCUACGCCGUUCAACACCGAGCAGGCCGUCACGUACUACACCGAGAACGGCAUCCCCAGCGCCAAGCUGGUGCUCGGCAUGCCGCUGUACGGCCGCGCGUUCGAGAACACGGAUGGCCCGGGCACAAGCUACAGCGGCGUUGGAUCUGGGAGCUGGGAGAACGGCAUCUGGGACUACAAGGUCCUUCCUCGCGCCGGCGCAACAGAACAAUAUGACAGCGAGGCCGGGGCUACCUACAGCUACGAUUCGUCUGCUCGCGUGAUGGUGUCAUAUGAUACGGUUGAUAUGGCGCUGAAGAAGGUCAGCUACGUCCAGAACAAGACCAUGGGCGGUGCCAUGUGGUGGGAGGCCUCUGGAGACAAGAACACCACCGAGGGAAGCAUCAUCGGAAACGUUUACAAGAGCUUGUCGGCCAACGGAAGCCUUGCGGACACGACCGAGAACAACCUCGCGUAUCCGGACUCCAAGUACGACAACUUGAAGGCCGGCAUGCCAAGCCAGUAA